AUCAUACAUCCAUCAUCACAUUCUGUCUUGCCCUAUACUUGAUAUCAAUAACAGUCGAAGGCAUUCGAUAAAUCGGCACUUGGAAAUUUCAGUCUCAGUCCGGUCUACCUUAUCUCCAUAUCCCUACUGUCACCAUCUUCACUUUUCGAACAAAAAGCCUAGGGGUUCACGUCUCACUGCAGCCAUGGAUGACCCUGGAAAUUGGUUGAAGGUUUCGCACUACACGUUGCGCAUUCUUUCCGACUCAGCUUGCCAGCAUGUAUUCCACGCGUUAGGGCUUUGUUUCGAGAUCACCAUUCAUCCAGACGGGCCGGGUGAGCGGGUCGUUAUGUACGGCCUUGAAGAACCCACGACACGCGACGGCGAUCCGAAGGUUGUUGCGAAGAUUGGGUUGGGCGACUCCUUUGAAAAAGAUUUUAACUUGUGUACCAUAUUUGAUGAUGAGGGGUCAGUUCCCCGUGAUCACGUACUACUUCCCGACGGAUCAUCUCUCAGUCAAUGUAUACAUGCAUUAAGGCGCUACACGCGCGAGGUGUCCUUAGGUUUCAUAGCGCAACUCCUAUCUGGGGCAGCACAAACGAAACCCGACAAGGGAAAGGGCAAGGAGACUGCAGACGAUACUACCACCGGAGAGACGGUACCCCAAAUUGAACCAUCUCCAUACUACUACAACAUUGCUAUACAUGGACGGUCUACACGAAGUGAACCACUUCCACACCACUACAACGAUGCUAUGUAUAGACAGCCUACACAAAGUGAACCAUCUCCUAACUGUCACACCACCGCCAUGCCCCCAGGUGGUCGACGUCAGAAUCCGAAUGCCAAGCGAGAGAAGGUUGUCGCGUUUCUUGAAGAAUGCCUAGAGAAGGCACAUACUGACCUAUCUCUUCCUCCUAUUAAUGUUCAGGCCAUGGAAGGGGACCUAUCUCUUCCUCCUAUUAAUGUUCAGGCCAUGGAAGGGGAAUCAAGCAAUACGGAAGAGAAGCAAGAAAUUAAACGCUUUACGUUACCUGCAGAAUGGACUGAUGAAGCGACCAUGAGAGUACUAGCACUUGAUUCACAACUGAAGGACUUCUUGGGAAUGAGAAAUGAAGAGGAGGAGGAGAAGGAGGAGGAGGAGGAAGAAGAAGAGGAGGAAGAAUCUGAAAUUGAUGAGGAGACGGCUGGACCUUCUGAGGCGAAGAAAACUGAACCUGCUCGAAGCGCUGGAUUGAUUAAACCUGCGCAUAGCGGUGGAAUAUCCAAGAAAAAAUUGAAGAGCCACAGGAGGCACAAGGCUCCAAAAUAAUGAGUUGGCUUUUGAGUGUGAUAUUUCCCGACCUGAAGUGGCUUUGGCACAAAUGGAUUGGUAGGCAGGACCGAAAAAAGAGUUAGGAAAAAAAAAAUACAAAUCAUCGACAGCGGAUAGGGAAUAUUGAUAUUGGAAAGAAACAUGGUAAAUAGCGCAGUGUACCACCGGAGUUCUUUAAACUCCAGACCUUGUAUGGUUGCAAGAA